GGUCGUGGGGAGAACACGCUUUCAGCAAUCGGCCUCAGUUAUUACUGGACGGCUGCCACCGCUCUCGGACCGAUCUCUCGCUCUCGACUCCACGUACUUUUAGGCCGAGACUUCCUACAAUGGAAGGCAACCAGCCAGUCACUCACUACCACCACACACCAGAUCACUGCCGAACCGCUUUCGAUGCAAUAAACAAAAUGCGGCAGAACGUCCAGAUGACUGACAUAACUUUAAAAGUAGGGGAUGUUUCAAUUCAUGCACACAGAGUGGUACUUGCUUCAACUAGUCCCUAUUUUUAUGCAAUGUUUAACGAUGACAUGGCUGAAAGGGCGUCAAGGGAAGUUGAACUUCAUGAGGUGGAUGUCACCGCAUUGCAACGACUAGUCGAUUUCGCUUAUACAGGAGGGAUUCUCAUAACUGAAGACAACGUUCAGGUGCUGCUUCCGGCUUCGAGUCUAUUUCAAAUUUGUUCGGUUAGAGAGGCAUGCUGUGAAUUCUUAAUGAAGCAACUUCAUCCUUCAAACUGUCUUGGAAUCCGAAGCUUUGCAGAUGCUCACGCAUGUAAAGAGCUUCAUAGUCGCUCUCAUAAGUUUGCUUUGAGAAAUUUCAAGGAAGUAAUGAAUACGGAAGAGUUUCUUCUCCUUCCUUUUUCGGAGGUAGAAGAGUUAAUUUCCAACAACCAGCUAAACAUUGCAUCUGAAGAAAAAGUAUUUACUGCAGUCCUCAACUGGGUCAAGCAUAAUGCAGCAGAGCGAGUUCAGUAUAUAGCAAAGCUUCUAACACAUGUACGAUUACCAUUGAUGUCAAGAGAAUUUCUAAUGUCAACCGUCUAUACGGACACACUAAUAAGAGAUAAUCCAGAAUGUAAAGAAUUGUUGUUUGAAGCAAUGAGAUACCACUUGAUGCCUGAACAGCGAUCCCAAUUUGUAAGUGAAAGAACUUUGCAUCGACAGCCUGAAGGGAUUAAACAUUACGUAUUUGCCAUAGGUGGAGGAAGCCUAUUUGCAAUACACAAUGAGUGUGAGGUUUAUAAUCCAAGGGCUGAUCGGUGGUUUCCAAUUGCUCCGAUGAACUGCAGAAGAAGCCGCAGUGCUGCAACAGGCCUGGGAAGAAUGUUAUAUGUUGUUGGCGGAUAUGAUGGAGCAACAGAUCUAGCAAGUGCUGAAUGUUACAACCCCCUUACAAAUAAGUGGACAAAUAUUACAUCAAUGGGCACAAAACGGAGCUGUUUAGGUAUGUGCAGUUUUGAUGGACUCGUGUACGCUUGUGGUGGGUAUGACGGUGCUUCUUGCCUCAGCAGUUUAGAAAGGUAUGACCCUCUAACAGGAGUGUGGAGUUCCUGUCCUGCUAUGAGCACAAGGAGACGAUACUGUCGUGUAGCUGUCGUAGACAACUGUAUAUAUGCCCUUGGUGGUUAUGACUCGACAAAUUAUCAAAGCAGUGUAGAAAGACUGGACCCAAGAGAAGGGCUAUGGACUGGUAUGCCUAACAUGACUUCAAGGAGGUCGAGCUGUGGUGUCGCUGCUGUCGACAACAUGAUAUACUGCAUUGGUGGAAGCGAUGGUACUGUGUGUUUAGCAAGUUGUGAAAGAUUUGACACAAGGAGAAAUGCUUGGGAAUCAGUUGCAUCUAUGCAUUCUAGAAGGUCUACACAUGAGGUGGUUAACUGUAACGGUUCAUUAAUAGCUCUAGGAGGAAAUGAUGGAUCAUCUUCUCUUAAUUCUGUCGAAUGUUACAAUAUACAAGCAAAUAAAUGGACUAUCUUAGCACCAAUGAUAACCAGAAGAAGCUCUGUAGGUGCUUCACUUCUCGAAUGCUUUAAGCUGGAACAUAUUGUUCAAAAAUUACCAAGGAAUGCUGUUUAAGCCUAGAAAAACAAUACUUUUAAUUCUUAAAGUUUAACUUUUAUUCUCAACAAAAAGAAAAAACUGAAGCAAUUAUAACUCAGGGUGGCAAAAAGCCACGAAUAUAGAGAUAUACAUUAUAAUAUUUUAUCAAUAACUUGUAAUUUUCAAACUGCCAGUAAAAGAAAAGAAAUGAGGACCAACAAAAGUCAUUAUCAUUUCAUUUUGGACUUUACACUUUUAUAAUGUAAAACUAAAAUAUAACGUUAUAAGCAUUAACAAAGAAAUGUCUUUAUUGCAAAAUAUUAAGAUAGUUUUAAGCUUCCAUUUUUAUAACAACUUCAAAACUUGUAAAUAGAACUUUGUAUUUUUACAUAAAAUUUUGUUUAAAAUUAAA